UACUGGCUGCCUCGCCUUUGCACAUGCCCACCUCGCUGCUUCCAAUUGCCAAUCCUGAAAUGCUUAGUGAAUUGGCUAAUCGUAGAGCAGCUGAAGCCGCUCAGGAGGCAGCUGCUGUUGCCUACCGUCCUAUCGACUUCGACAAUACUCGAUUCAGCAUGUCCAGUCUAGCUUUCCCUGUGGAUGCAAACUCUACAAAUUCGAGCAGAAUGAAAGCCACCCUUUCUGAUUGGCCACGGGAUACCUGUUUUAUAAAGCACAGGUUUAUUUAA